AUCUACGGAACUAGCAUCUCCAAACCCAUAUGCCUUGUUAACAUCGCUGAGUUAGCUGCUUACAGAGAUGACGAAGGUGGCCAAGUAACAACAUAAUGACAAAUUUAAACAUUUUUAGGGCAAAUUCCCUUGUUAAAUUAGUUGCUUGUUAAAGUUUUGCGGCCUAGCCCAGCUUAUUUCAGUUUAGCCGCUAAGUGCGAGCUCAAAACUGGGGGAAAUGUACUCGAGAAGUACAGCAGCAGUGAAGUUGGAGGAGGAACUUUCUGAAGUAAAAGAGGAGCCACGACCACUUGAUGUUGUUUUUAACAAGCAGCUUCGGGUUGUGCUACACAGAGCAGACGUCACUGAAGCGAAUUGUCCUGAGUGUCAGGUAUACUCUCACGUCAAGGAGGAGGAGAAGGAAAGGUAUUUACCGGUAAACAUUAAAGAGGAAGAGGAUGAGCAUUUAAUCCAGGUUCGUCACCCUCACGGUGAGGAGCAGCCGCGAUCCCCCGGCAUCAAAAAGGAGGAAGAGUCGCCAUAUGUCAAAGAGGAGCAGGGGAACUUCUUGAAGAGUGAAGAUGAAGUUCCAAUUUGGUCGAGUGGAUGGGCAGAGCCUCUAAGCAGCGACAUCUUGACAGAAGGUGAUGGCGACCACAGUGGCAUAUCAUCAGGAAACGGCCACGUAGCGCAACUAACAGGAAGUGACCAUGUGACAUCACAGUUGCCUCACACUGAUGAUGAUGAAGAGUGGGAAAGUCACAAGAAGGUUCACAGUGACAAAAGAUGGAAAUGCUCUCAGUGUGGGAAAACAUAUUGUAGAAAGUAUGGGUUGAUAAGUCAUAUGAGAAUACACACUGGGGAGAAACCUUUUGUCUGCUUGGUUUGUGGUAAAAGAUUCACUGAAAAGGGAAACUUAAAAAGUCACACAAAAAUACACACUGGGGAGAAACCUUUUGUCUGCGCGGUUUGCGGUAAACGAUUCGCUGAUAAGGGAAACUUAACAAGUCACACAAGAAUACACACUGGAGAGAAACCUUUCCCCUGUUCAGUUUGUGGCAAAAGAUUUGUUCAGAAGACGCAGUUAAAGAGUCACACAAGAAAACACACCAGGGAGAAACCUUUUUCCUGCUCAGUUUGUGGUCAGGGCUUCGCUAGCAGUAGGAGUUUAAAAUCACACGCGAGAAUGCACACGAGCGAAAAAACUUUCUUCUGCGGGUUUUGCAGUCAGCACUUCACUCAUGGACGAAAUUUCAAAGAACACACAAGAAUUCACAUGAGGGAUAAACCUUUCUCCUGCUCCGUUUGUGGGAAAAGCUUCGCUCUGAAGGAGCACUUGCAUAAGCACACGAGGAGACACACUGGGGAGAAACCUUUCUCCUGCUCAGAUUGUGGUCAACGCUUCACUGAAAAUGGAACUUUAAGAAGACACAUAAGAACGCACACUGGGGAGAAACCUUUUUCCUGCCCGCUUUGUGGUAAAAAAUUUGCUCAGGCGACAACCCUAAAACGUCACACAAUGACACACACCAAAGAGAAACCUUUCUCUUGCUCGGUGUGUUGUCGAGUAUUUGCCCAGAAGCAAUCCUUAAAAAUUCACGAAAAAACACACACGAGGGGGAGUUUUUUUUCCUGCUCAAUUUGCGGUCUAUGCUUCAAUUACGAGGGAAACUUAAGAAGACACUCAAAAACACACAUUGUAGAAAAACCUUUCUCCUGCUCAACUUGUGGUCUGGGAUUCUUUUACAGCUUUCAGGUUAAGGACCAUGAGUGUGUUGGUAGCAAUGCAGUGAUCAAUGAAGGUUCUUCCUAGUUCUGGUAAUAAAUGGUCAUUCCUAAAUUCAUGUCAUAUGUUUUGCAUUUAUAUGUAUUUGUUUUGUUGUCCUUUGCUCUCUACUAGACAUGUGCCGAUUACCGGUUUCAAGAUAUACCGUGGUAUGAACACGUCAAGGUUUCAAAGCCGCAAAAAUUUGCCGUCAUGUCGUCCCUAAGGUUUUAGCUACUCUUUAUGCCCCAAAAAUGCAUGGAGAAAUCCUUCGCUUGCAGCUGCAAGGCUCAACCCUCCCCCACCGGUUGUUGCUCAGUGUCAGUGAGUCAGCUGUGCUACACGAUUGCUGGAGAUGGUGAAACUCUUGAUUUUUUUCCUCCACUGGAAAAAAAAAUGAAAUCAUUGGUAUGGGAAUACUUCGGCUACAGACGGCCGCAGCUUAGAGAAGGAGCGCCAACCGACACGUAAAACAUAUUUGCGGAACGUGGCUGCUGGAGAAGCAAUACCUCCAAUAUGACUUUGCAUUAAUACAAAAUUAAAGGUUAGUAAACACUGUCGUGAAGGUUUCCCACCAGCUAAGAGAGUUAACUCCAGUGUGUUUAGUGUGUCUAGCGGUGGUAAAACGUGGUGUUUUUUGGUCUCUGUUGAGAAAGAGUGUGUAUACUGUAAACAUGACACGAGUAAUACACACGUGUUUUUUAUGGAAAAUAAUUCAAUUAUUUUUGUUCUGAUGUUGAGCUGUUCCCUUGAGUUUAGGCUCACCUAAUGGACAGCAUUUAUUUCAAUUUUAUUUAGAAUUUAUAUAUUUUUGUCAAAUAAAAUCCUGUUAAG